GAGCUGACAAACUAAAUCAGUUACAGUUGAACGUUCGCAGCAAACAGUACGAGACGUUGAAGACGAAUCAGUCGUGUUCAUUUUAUUUAAUAAAUUGAAAUUAAUUUAAAUUUAUUUAAUUGAAAUUCUGUGGGCAGUAAUAUAUAUUAAAAUGAAAUUAUUCAUACUUGCGUUCGCACUGCUGGUGGGGCUCUUUGCAAGCCAAGCUCAGGCCAACUCCAAAAUGGUUUGCUAUUAUGAUUCAUCGAGUUUCACACGUGAAGGUUUGGGCAAACUACUUAAUCCAGAUCUGGAAAUUGCCUUGCAGUUUUGCUCGUACUUGGUGUAUGGCUACGCCGGCAUUAAUCCGAACAACUACCAGAUAUUCAGUUUAAAUGAGGGCUUGGAUAUAGGAAAGCAUCAGUUUUCGGAAAUAACUGCUCUUAAGAAGAAACAUAGUCACCUAAAAGUUUUACUCAGUGUUGGUGGAGAUAAAGAUAAUGAUGCCAAUCAUCCAAACAAGUACAUUGAGCUGCUUGAAAGUGACAAAGCUAAACAAGCCAUCUUCAUAAAUUCAGCGCACACAUUGUUGCGUAGCUAUGGAUUCGAUGGUCUUGAUUUGGCAUUCCAAUUUCCCAAGAACAAAGCAAGAAAAGUGCAUUCAGAUGUCGGCAUGGUGUGGAAAAAAUUUAAAAAAAUAUUUACUGGCGAUUUCAUAGUAGAUCCUCAGGCUGAUAUGCAUAAGGAACAGUUCACAGCAUUUGUACGAGAUUUACAUAACUCUCUGAGACAAGACAAUUUGCUUUUGUCUUUAACGGUUUUGCCUAAUGUUAACUCAACCUGGUACUAUGAUGUGCCUGCGAUUUCCGGUCAAGUGGAUUGGGUGAAUUUGGCAGCAUUUGAUUUUCUUACACCAGAUCGGAACCCUGAAGAAGCGGAUUACACAGCACCAAUCUAUCCUUUGAACGAGCAAAACCGUUUACCUCACUACAAUAUUGAUUAUCAAGUUGAUUAUUGGUUGUCACAUCAAUGUCCGUCACAGAAAAUUUUUAUCGGUGUUGCUAGCUAUGGUCGUGCUUGGAAAUUGAGCACAGAUUCUGGUACAAGUGGUGUACCUGUUGUAUCAAAAACUGAAGGUGCUGCAGCACCUGGAAUGCAAAGUCAAAUUCCCGGUCUCCUCAGUUGGCCCGAAAUUUGCUCUAAGUUACCCAACGCUGGAAAUCUUUACUUACACGGUGCUGAUGCGCCGUUGCGUCUGGAGAAGCAUCCUGAAAACACGAGACGACAUGGCAAUUAUGCUUUCCGAGCAGCUGAUGCUAAUGGUGAACACGGUAUUUGGGUAAGUUAUGAGGACCCUGAAACUGCAUCCAACAAAGCAAGUUAUGCCAAUGCAAUGAAUUUGGGUGGCGUGUCAUUGUUUGAUUUGAGCUAUGAUGAUUUCCGCGGCCUAUGCUCUGGCGAUAAGUAUCCCAUCUUACGUGCCAUCAAAUACAAAUUGUAAACUACAAUAUUUUAUAAUUAAAUCUAAUUUUAUGUAAAUAAAAAUACCAAAUAUUUUUCCAUUGAA